UCUGACGAUCUCCAGGACUAAGGAAGUGGCCUUUUUAAAAUGAUGAUGAUUUCGUGGCAUUAGACGGGUUAAUUGUAUCUCUUUUUAUUAUUUUGAUCGCGCAUGUGUAAUUGAAGCGUUCCUUUCAUCUCUAUAGAACUGUAUCGAUUAUUAUCCGUCGCCGCCGUUCAAUCAAGAUGACAGUCACCCUUAUCAUUUGAUGAAACUAAUGAAUGAACUGAAAACAUCUGUAUGUUAUACCAGAAACUGCCGGAUUUAACUGUAGCCACUGUUAGUUUAUGAAUAUUGAAUGUACUUGAACAAAGAUCUCGGAAGAAUCGAAGGUAAAGUGUGUCAUUUACGCUAUACAGUAGAAGGUUGCUGCCGGUCGAUCGCGAACGCUUUGGAUACAUGUGCUGUUAAAGGACAAGCCAAUACAAUAUCAAAUAAAACUAUACACUGUCCAUCGUCAUGGAUUAUAUGCACACGGCCAGAUCAGUGGAGGAUCGUCUUAUGGGCUACAAAAAAGACGAGUCCGGAUGGAAAACAUGCAAGAAAACUAAUGAUGUUGUGGUGUGUUGGAGACCCUCUUGUGAAUUCGCGGGAUAUGUGUAUAAAGGGGAGGGGAUUGUCAAUGGCAGUCCAGAGAAAGUGUGGGACUGCUUGAAACCUGAAAUCAAUGGACUUCGUGUAAAAUGGGAUUCUAAUAUAAAAAAGUUUGAGCUGCUUGAGCAGGUGUCAGCGGACGUUUUAAUCUGCCGAACCGUCACGCCUUCGGCUGCUAUGGGCAUUAUAUCACCUCGAGAUUUUGUUGAUGUCAUUUCCAUUAAACGCUAUGAGGAUGGCACAGUGUCCUCAAACGCUACCAAUGUAAGCCAUCCAAACUGUCCUCCUCAACCCGGCUAUGUCAGAGGCUUCAACCACCCGUGUGGUUGUUUAUGUGCUCCAGUUCCUGGGGAACCAGGCAAAACGCAGCUGUUCAGCUUUUUCCAGACUGAUCUUGGAGGUUUACUUCCUCGUUCAGUUGUCGAUUCGUUUUUCCCCACCAGUAUGGUGGAGUUUUACAGCAACCUGACCAAAGCUGUAAAAUCGAUGAAAUAGCUCCAGACACUUUAUAGAAAAUAUCCCCCUUUAAUCAUAUAUGUGGAUAUUUUGAUAAUUUGACACACCUUGCAUUUAAUCAAGCUUUAGGUGGGAAGUGAAAUGAGCUUAUUCCUGAUUCUUCCAGCGGCUACAGUACCGUGUCCAAACACUUGAACAGUCCGUUUUAUAGGUAUUGAAAACAGGAACAUUUUCUUUACCAUGUUUUUUCAUAAAUUCAGAAAACUAGUGAUUCAAAUGAGGAACUAUUGCAAAAAAAACAGACAUUGACACAUAUGCAUUUGGCAGAUGCUUUUAUCCAAAGUGACGUUCAAUGCAUUCAAAUGACAUUUUAUAUCAGUCAGUUUGUUUCAGGGGAAUGGUGUGAUCCUAUAAUGUAGCAUUAUUAUAAAUAUAUAAUUCAUAAAUGGCCUAAAAUAACCUAGUAAACAUAGUUUCUACUAAGUUACUGAUUUGUGUGUGUCGUACAAAUCGAGAGACUCGACUCGCAAUUGAUUUUAAUAAAGCUUACCAUUGACAUGUGCAGUCACAUGCAGCGCUGCUUUAGAUUGAGCUAUCUUAGAAGGCAACGUUGGGUCGCUGCUUACUUUUUGAAACUGUUGUCAGGAGCUCGCCUUUAAUGUCUGGCCUAAAUAGGCAGUUCACUAGUUUUUGGAACAAAGCCUUCUUUUAAUAAGCUGUUUUUAGAAUUUCAGUCCAAUAUUUGAUGUCAGUUGUCUGAGUUUGAAGAUUGCAUUUUUAUUUGAAUAAUUGAAUUUGACAUUUAAAUCACAAGUCUGAAACCUAGUAUUUCUAUAUUUGAAUAGUGAUUUUAUUGCACAUAACUGGAAUUUUGCCAUCCAAUGUUUACCGACAGACGAGUAUCUUCAGAAAUUUGAAGAUUUGCAUUUGCUGCUGUUCUCGGUUAGCAUAACUGAGAUUGUGUACUGUAUGUUUGAGAUUGACACAAGAAGGGCCGAAUGAGGGAUGUUGUGAUAUGAUGAUAAAAAAAGCAACGCAAAGGCUCAAGGUUUAGUUGGUUAGCGUGACCCCAUUAGUUCCCGCUGGUGAUUCUGUAACCAGUAAAAAGUGUUUUUCUCCAUUGAUGGCCACUCAAUAGUAUCCGUGUUCUGUGCCAGCCAGCCGAGCAACUGCCAUUAAGACAAUUGGGAUAAGCUAAUGGAUGAAAGUUAUUUCAUACAUCACUUUGAAAGAAACAAAUAAUACAUUUAUGGAAUAUGGUUCAGUGGAAUCAGAGUAAUUAAAAAUUAAUGCAAUUCCAAAAGAUUUCCUGAGUUUGAAAUGAGGUAGAGAACAAGAUGCACAGUUCUAAUUCGAAUUCAUGGAAGUUGACAAUUACCUGAAUAAAAUGUAAUAUAAGCGUUAUAUAUAGGGCUGGGUAUCAAGUUCAAUACUUUUACAAGCCGACGACCGAAUUGUCUCUACCAUCAAGCAUCUUGACGACAAGUCUUGUCAUUGGGUACCAAAUUUCGAUACCUAAGUGGUUAAUCUCGUCAACGUCAGUGAGCCAAUUGUCUGUGGCGAGGAAAUUACAUUUUUUCUAAUUUCAGAAGCUGUUUCACUCGGAUAUACUCGGAUAUACAAAAUGACAAUCUCUUCCGUUUCACGCCGACUUUAAGAGCAGAAAGUCGCUUCGUCUUCGACUACAAGAUGAACUGAAGGGCGUUACAUAAAUGAACCGAAACUCUGCAUAUAGGCUACAUGCCUCACAGACAUGAGAAAUAGGCAUGUAGAAAGCUUGAAAUGUAUACUUUUAAACUAACCAAUUUGAAUCUAAAACAAAUAAUCUCUGAUUAUGUAAUCCAAAUGAAAGGUGCAUUUCUCUCUAUAGGCACACGCAUGUUCACUAUGCUGCGGAGAUGACGAGUCGGAAACGUCAACUUCAUCUUUGCAGCCAACACUGACUCAGAAAACACUCGUUUAUUAAUAAACAAUUGAAUUGGUUUUUUUUUUCAGACACAUUCAUAAUCAUUAGGCUACUUUUGCCAGUGCUUUGCGGCAAGCUUCAGCGCGUGUGCUUGAGCGCGAGGGAUAUAUUCCGCCCCCCAGUGGCCUAUAUGAGUUUGAGUCUGUUAAAAACAGUAAACAAUCUUGUUAAAA